CUCUCCACAAAACAGGACGAUAACCUUUAUGGCUGUCCUAAAGAAGUUGGUUCGGGAUAUUUUUCACUCCUUAUAGAAGUUAAUACAUCUAAGAAUUUAAAUGUUUAUUAAAAAGUUUUUGUGACAAUAACAAUUUUGGAUGCUUUAUAUAAGCUGUGUCAAAAUGUUAACUAACACAACAAAACCAUUUUCAGUGUUAACUGUGCUAACAUUAGGUUUUAUUGGCGUUAUAUUUUGUAUAAGCCACACCUCUGCCAACCCAGAUGCUAAACGGUUAUACGAUGACUUGUUGAGUAAUUAUAACAGGUUAAUUAGGCCUGUUAGAAAUCACUCGACAAACAUUCUAGUUAAACUGGGACUGAGAUUAUCCCAGCUCAUCGAAUUGAAUUUAAAAGAUCAGAUUUUAACUACUAACGUGUGGUUGGAGCAUGAGUGGCAUGAUUAUAAGUUUAUGUGGGACCCGCAAGAGUAUGGAGGAGUUACGGAGCUUUAUGUACCUUCUGAGCAUAUAUGGUUACCAGAUAUUCUUUUGUACAACAAUGCUGAUGGCGAAUACGUCAUAACCACAAUGACCAAGGCAGUGCUCAGAUACGACGGAAACAUCCAAUGGACUCCUCCGGCCAUAUUCAAGUCUUCCUGCGAAAUUGACGUCCGGUACUUCCCGUUUGAUCAGCAAACCUGCUUUAUGAAGUUCGGGAGUUGGACCUAUGGAAGUCAAAUCGAUUUGCAACAUAUAAACCAAAAACCGGGCGAAGAUAUUGUGGCAGUGGGUAUAGAUCUUCGGGAAUAUUAUCCUAGUGUGGAGUGGGAUAUUCUGGCUGUUCCAGCUGAACGGCAUGAGAAGUAUUAUCCCUGCUGUCCAGAACCAUAUCCAGAUAUAUUCUUUAACAUCACCCUGCGUAGGAAGACGUUAUUCUAUACAGUUAACCUUAUAGUACCUUGCGUGGGAAUCUCCUAUCUAUCGGUGCUGGUGUUUUAUUUACCAGCAGACUCUGGAGAAAAAAUUGCUUUGUGCAUCAAUAUUCUACUCUCGCAAACCAUGUUUUUCUUGCUUAUAUCAGAAAUUAUACCGUCAACCUCCUUGGCUCUCCCUUUAUUAGGAAAAUACAUUCUAUUCACAAUGGUGAUGGUGGGUUUCUCAGUAGUGAUUACAAUAAUAAUACUAAACGUUCACUACCGUAAACCAAGUACACAUAAGAUGGCGCCAUGGGUUAGAAGCUUCUUUAUAAAAUCAGUACCAAAACUGCUUCUUAUGCGAGUACCAAAAGAUUUACUCACAGAACUUGCCGCCCGAAAAAUUCCCUCUAUUCGACUUCAAGGUAAAACCGCCAGAGAACUAGAAGCUUUAAGUCCUAGUUCUAGCUCCAGCUCAUCCAGCUCUAGCAGACACCGAGGUAUAAGAGGAUGCAACGGGUUGCACUCCACUACUGCAACCAGCAGUUACUUUCGUUCCAGGCUAAGAGGGUUCGCUGGUUCGUUGGGCGCUAGGAUGGGUUACAACGGUCUCCCGUCUGUUUUUUCUGGAUUGGAUGAGAGUGAUUCGGGAGCGAGGAAAAAAUAUCCUUUUGAACUUGAGAAGGCGAUUCAUAAUGUGAUGUUUAUUCAGCAUCAUAUUACGAGACAGGAUCAGUUUAAUGCAGAAGAUCAAGAUUGGGGCUUCGUAGCCAUGGUCCUGGACCGAAUGUUCCUCUGGAUAUUCAUCAUCACCUCCUUAGUAGGAACAGUCUCUAUAUUAUGCGAAGCACCAUCUUUGUAUGACGACACGAAACCGAUUGAUAUGGAACUUUCUUCUGUGGCACAACAACAAUUUUUGCCUGAUCUUGAUUUCUAAAUGUUAAGCAAGUAGUGUAGUUUCUAAAUUAAUUGCGCAUUUAUUAUUCAUUAGUUUAUACGAUAAGUUAUAAAAUGUAAAGUGGUAUAUUGAGUAGAUAUUCCUCUCUAAGACAAUCUGACAAAGAUAAGGUGUGUUAAAUUAUAGUAUUAAGUAAGACAUUAUUGAAAGUUUUGCACUUGUACAUGUUACCUCACAUUCUACUAUUUAGAUAGUAUCUAAGUGUUUUAAUUAUUAAUUACAAAUCUUGUU